CCUGCGGGGGGAUUAAAAACAAAACAAAGGCGGUUUUUAUUUUAAAUAACAAAAAUAAUAAUACACGCACUUUCGUCUCUGGCGCUUUCUGCUGGAGAGAGCGCGACGUGAAACCGGUAAGUGUCUCUCGCUGCAGCCUCGUCUCUCCUCCGGUCGGAGCGGACGCCUCGCUCGCAGCCUGCGCCGCGGCAUGAGGCGCGCCGGGAGGAGACGCAGCUCCUCCGUGUGGGACUGCUUCGAGCAAGUGGGGAACUUCGUGCGCUGCACGAAAUGCGACGCCAUGCUGAAGUACUGCGGCGGAGCCACCAGCUCCAUGAUGAGCCACAUGAGCCGGCACAGCCAGGCCGCGGCGCCGCCGCCGGACGAGGACGAGAAGCCGCUGGUCUGCACCGUGCAGUGCUGCGACGACGAGGGCGCGUCCAACUCGGACAUCAUGCAGGUCGCCAUCGCUUCGCCCGCUCCCCCCGAGAGGGACUACGGGGAAAGGAAGCGGCUGAAGCGGAGCUCCGUCUGGGACAUUUUCGUCAAGGUGGACGACGAGGUGCACUGCACGAUGUGCGACACCAAGCUGAAGUACAGGAGCAGCACCACCAGCAUGAUGUACCACAUGAAGAACAAACACCAGGACACGGUGCCCAACGAAGCCGUGUCGCUGGCCACGCACGCGGAGGUGACCGAGGUCAUCUCCAGAAUGAUUGAAAAAGAUAUGCUUCCCAUCAGCAUAGUCAAUGGAGAGGGCUUCCGGGAGCUGCUGGCGCACACCAUGCACAGUUACAAGAUGCCAACAGUGGGAGAUAUCACACGUAUUAUUGAGGGACACUUCCAUGACAAGGUGGAGGAACUCAUGCUGCAGCUGGGGAGAACAGAGAAAGUGGCUCUGACAGCCGAUUUCUGGACAGCCCUUCCAUUUCAGAGGUACAUCACAGUGUCCUGUUCAUUCAUAACAGAGGACUGGCAGGGGAGAUCAGCCGUCCUGCAGACGCACAAGCUCUCAUCUGACUGCCACAUGUCUGCAGACAGACUCAUUGAGAGGCUCCUGAGAACCGCGCAGACCUGGGGCAUAACAGGAAAAGUGAUUGCGUGUGUUCAUAACAGCACGUCGAGCCCUUUGAUGGCCCAGGCCUGCACCCAAGUCACCUGGGAGAACGCCACGUGCUUUGCCACGACGUUACAGCUUGUAGUCAAUGACGGGCUGAGUGACGACCUCGUCCGGAUCGUCAUGACGGCGGGGAAGCUGGUUAAGCACUUUAACCACAACCUGCUGGCAAGUGAAGCCUUGGAACAGAAGCAGGUUCAAAUGUGUCUUCCUCAACACAAGCUCAUUCAAUCCAGCAAGGCCAGAUGGGACACGAUCUGCGAUAUGUUCGAGCGCCUGCUCGAGCAGCGGUGGGCGAUUAAAGCCGUGCUGUCCGACCGAUCGAUCACCACCAGACAGGAGGCGCAGAGCCUGGAGAUUGAAGAUGACUACUGGCAAAUCAUUGAGAAUUUCACGCCCGUCUUGGCAACGUUGAAGUGGGCAACGACGGUCAUAUCCGCUGAAACGGAGGUGUCCAUUUCAAACAUCUACCCGAUCACGUUUAGUCUCGUUCAAACUCACCUUGUGCCAAAGGAAAGUGACGUAGAACAAGUGUCAGAGUUCAAGCUCAAAGUUCAGAAGUCUCUCAGAAAGCAAAUGGAGGUUGACUCCAGUGACCUAGCCUCAAAACCGGCUCUGAUCGCCUCCAUGCUGGAUCCUCGACACAAACACCUCAGCUUCCUGACGCCAACAGGGAGACUGGCUGCCAAAGUCAAGCUGCAUGAGCUCGUUUCAAAGCUCGAUGUGAUGAAUAGUACUAUAGCCACAAAGGAUGAGCAGCAGGAGACCCUGAUCACGCCCGAUAUCAGUCAGGUGGCUCUGCCCUCCCAAACCAGGAGCGACACCAAGAACACCAUGAUGCUGCUUCUGGGGGACAACUACAGCUCCUCGUACGCCACGGACUCCGAGGCUCAGGUGGAUUACUACCUGCGAGACAUUGCUCCCACGCUGGACAUUAACCCUCUGGACUGGUGGAGGGUCAACGCCCCCAGGUUCCCCAAACUGGCUAUUCUAGCCAGGCACUAUCUGUGCGUACCUGGGGUCUCGCUCCCAUCUCUGCUGUCAGAGACUGGACAGAUAUUUGCAACCAUGCGCACAAGACUGAACCCUGAGCAUGUCGAUAUGAUGAUCUUUGUAAACAGGAAUGCAUGACUUGUAGGCUGAUACAUGAUCAGGAUGCGUUUCUUUAACCACUGUGUAAUUAUUUGCAUUACUGCUGUUAGAAACCCAUCGACCACU